GCCCAUGGUUCUUUUUUUUUUUUUUAAAUAACACCUCUAUUGGGAUAUAAUUCACUUAUCAUAACUUGCACCAUUUUAAAAUGUGUAUUCACAGAUUUGUACAGCCCUAACUACAGUCAGUUUUAGAACAUCUUCAUUACCCCAAAAAGAAACCCCAUGCCCAUUAGCAGUAAUUCCUCAUUCCCUCCUCUUCCCAACCCCGGCAACCACUAAUGUAUUUUCUGUCUUUCUGGAUUUGCCUAUUCUGGACAUUUCACACAUGUAAUCACACUACCUGUGACCUUUUGUGUCUGGUUUCUUUGACAUAGCAUCUGUUUUCAAAGUCCAUCCCUGUUGUAGCAUGUAUUUCAUUUCUUGCUGAAUAAUAUUCUGUUGUAUGGAUAUACCACUUUUUUUUUUAACCAUUUAUCAGAUGAUGGAUAUUGAGUUGUUUCUACAUUUUGGCUAUUCUGAGUAAUGCUGCUAUGAGCAUUUGUGCACCUUGGUCUAUUUUUAAAUGCAAUUUUCUACUUCUGAGCAGGGACCUUUCUACAAGUUCCUAUCCUGUCAAGAAGCAUCUUAUUUUUUCCCCUUUACCCCUAGGUACAGAUAUCCUUAUCCUUGAGGUUUCACUGAAAUAUUCUGGCCAGCUCUUCUUCAGAAAUCUUCUGUUUCCUACAUAUGCUAGCUUAGAUUCCUUCUUUCUAGUAUGUUUAAAUGUAAUCUCUAUAGAGCAACCUCAGAGAUAAAUCACCAUGUUAUUUCAGUCCAGGUCCUCUCAAAUCCGUAAUCCUAAAUAGUUAAAACCUUAAUUUUGGCCAUUACUUUGUAAGCUUCCAGUUACAAAGCUUUUGUUUCUUCCCCGAAGACCUUGGUGUAUGUUCUCAGCUUUUUUUCUUUAGCAGUAAUAUAUUUAUUCUCCUCCUGUUUUGGUAGAAGCUGCAGCUGCCAGUCAUCUCUUGAGUCCUGUGGAUAGCCACUAAGCUGUUUUUCAGAGGAAUGUCACACUUGUACUACUGGGGAGAAAGAGAAAGCCUAAUGCCUAGUCGGUACCUGGAGAUGGGCACUUCUGGUGGCUGUGGUGUCACAUGUCCCUCUAAUGAUGCCAGAUCAAUCUGGGGAUUGGCUCUUUAGGCUCAGGCCUUACUGUUGUUUAUAAUACUAAGUACCUCCAGAAUACCUUCCUCCGCUGGCUUCCAUGCCCAGGGGGUCUUCUCUAGAGAAUCCAGAACCCCGAACUCGGGCACGAGGAAUCCAGCUUUUGUCACAGGUGCUACUCCAGUGUCACUCCUUGCUCCUGGAGAAGGAAGUGGUACACCUCAUCCUAUUCUAUGAGAACCGGCUGAAGGACCAUCAUCUUGUGAUCCCAUCGGUCUUGCGGGGAUUGAGGGCACUUAGCCUGUGUGUGGCCCUGCCACCAGGGCUAGCUGUCUCUGUGCUUAAAGCCAUCUUCCAGGAGGUCCAUGUACAGUCCUUGCCACAGGUGGACCGACACACAGUCUACAGUAUUAUCACCAACUUUAUGCGAACCCGGGAAGAAGAGCUGAAGGGCCUAGGAGCUGACUUCACCUUUGGCUUCAUCCAGGUGAUGGAUGGAGAAAAGGAUCCCCGUAAUCUUCUGGUGGCCUUCCGCAUCGUCCAUGACCUCAUCUCCAGGGACUAUAGCCUGGGACCCUUUGUGGAGGAGUUGUUUGAAGUGACAUCCUGUUAUUUCCCUAUUGAUUUUACCCCUCCACCUAAUGAUCCUCAUGGUAUCCAGAGAGAAGAUCUCAUCCUGAGUCUCCGAGCUGUGCUGGCUUCCACACCGCGAUUUGCUGAGUUCCUGCUGCCUCUGCUGAUUGAGAAGGUGGAUUCUGAGAUUCUGAGUGCUAAGCUGGAUUCUCUGCAGACUCUGAAUGCUUGCUGUGCUGUGUACGGACAGAAGGAACUGAAGGACUUCCUCCCCAGUCUUUGGGCUUCUAUCCGCAGAGAGGUGUUCCAGACGGCAAGUGAGCGGGUGGAGGCCGAGGGCCUGGCAGCGCUCCACUCCCUGACUGCUUGUCUGUCUCGUUGUGUGCUGAGGGCUGAUGCUGAAGACCUCCUUGACUUCUUCCUUAGCAACAUUCUGCAGGACUGCAGGCACCAUCUGUGUGAACCGGACAUGAAACUGGUGUGGCCUAGUGCCAAACUGUUGCAGGCAGCUGCAGGGGCAUCUGCCCGGGCCUGUGACCACAUCACCAGCAACGUACUGCCUUUGCUGCUGGAACAGUUCCACAAGCACAGUCAGAGCAACCAGCGGCGGACAAUCCUUGAAAUGAUCCUGGGUUUCUUGAAGCUGCAACAGAAAUGGAGCUAUGAAGACAAAGGUGAAAGGCCUCUGAGUGGCUUCAAGGACCAGCUGUGCUCACUGGUGUUCAUGGCCCUCGCAGACCCCAACACCCACCUUCAGCUUGUUGGCAUCCGUACUCUCACUGUCUUGGGUGCCCAGCCAGAUCUCCUGUCUUCUGGGGACUUGGAGCUGGCAGUGGGUCACCUAUACAGACUGAGUUUCUUGGAGGAGGAUUCCCAGAGUUGCAGGGUGGCAGCAUUGGAAGCAUCAGGAACCCUGGCCACUCUUUACCCUGUGGCCUUCAGCAGCCACCUAGUGCCCAAGCUUGCUGAGGAGCUGUGUGGGGAGGAGUCAGAUUUGGCUGGAGGGGAUGGGUCCACCAAGUGCUCCCGGCAUCUGCGCUGUCUACAAGCCUUGUCGGCUAUAUCAACACAUCCCAGCAUUGUCAAGGAGACCCUGCCUCUGUUGCUGCAGCAUCUCUGCCAGAUGAACAAAGGGAAUGUGGUUGCAGGACCAAGUGAAGUUAUUGCUGUCUGUCAGAGCCUCCAGCGGGUGGCAGAAAAAUGCCAGCUGGACCCUGAAAGCUGCUGGUAUUUCCACCAGACAGCUAUACCUUGCCUGCUUGCCUUGGCUGUGCAGGCUUCCAUGCCAGAGAAGGAGCAUUCAGUUAUGAGAAAAGUGCUGUUGGAGGAUGAGGUCUUGGCUGCCAUGGUGUCUGUCAUUGGCACUGCCACCACCCACUUAAGCCCUGACUUAGCUGCCCAGAGUGUUGCGCACAUUGUACCCCUGUUCUUGGAUGGCAACAUCUCCUUUCUGCCUGAAAACAGCUUCCCUUGCAGAUUCCAGCCAUUCCAGGAUGGCUCCUCAGGACAGAGGAGGCUGGUUGCACUGCUUAUGGCCUUUGUCUGCUCCCUGCCUCGAACUGUGGAAAUCCCUCAGUUGAACCAACUCAUGCGGGAGCUUUUAGAGCUGAGCUGCUGCCACAGCUGCCCCUUCUCCUCCACCGCCGCUGCCAAGUGCUUUGCAGGACUCCUCAACAAGCACCCUGCAGGGCAACAGCUGGAUGAAUUCCUACAGCUGGCUGUGGACAAAGUAGAGGCUGGGCUGGGCUCUGGGCCCUAUCGUAGUCAGGCCUUCACACUGCUUCUCUGGGUAACAAAGGCCCUAGUGCUCAGAUAUCAUCCUCUCAGCUCCUGCCUUACAGACCGGCUCAUGGGCCUCCUGAGUGAUCCAGAACUAGGCCCAACAGCAGCUGAUGGCUUCUCUCUGCUCAUGUCUGACUGCACUGAUGUAUUGACUCGUGCUGGACAUGCUGAAGUGCGGAUCAUGUUCCGCCAGCGCUUCUUCACAGAUAAUGUGCCUGCUUUGGUCCAGGGCUUCCAUGCUGCUCCCCAAGAUGUGAAGCCAAAUUACCUGAAAGGUCUGUCUCAUGUACUUAACAGGCUGCCUAAGCCUGUGCUCUUACCAGAGCUGCCCACGCUGCUUUCCCUGCUGCUGGAGGCCCUGUCCUGCCCCGACUGUGUGGUACAGCUCUCCACCCUCAGCUGCCUUCAGCCUCUUCUGCUAGAAGCACCUCAAGUCAUGAGUCUUCACGUUGAUACCCUCGUUACCAAAUUCCUGAACCUCAGCUCUAGCCCUUCCAUGGCUGUCCGGAUUGCCGCACUGCAGUGCAUGCACGCACUCACUCGUCUGCCCACCCCUGUGCUGCUGCCGUACAAACCACAGGUGAUCCGGGCCUUAGCCAAACCUCUGGAUGACAAGAAGAGGCUGGUACGCAAGGAAGCAGUGUCAGCCAGGGGAGAAUGGUUUCUGCUGGGAAGCCCUGGCAGCUGAGCCCUCAGUCCUGGCUAGACUGUUCUGACAAUCUAACCUGGAAUUACUAACUAUUGAGCCAUCUUGCCAAGGCAGGGAGACCACUGGCCUCUGAUUGCCUUUCCCACAGACACAGCAUAAAUGCUGGGCCUCCAUUGCACAGCUGUACAAGGAAAAGGAGUCCUGAUUUCUAAUGGAUUUGUGAAGUAACUGAGUGUAAGACUACUUGUGUUUGAAGAAAGAUCUUAAGGCUCUUCCAUAUUUGUAUGUCAGAAAAAGAGAUAUGCUGCUGAGGAAUGAAUGCAGAUGAGUAUGGCCCUGAGGACCAGGGAUGGAGCAUGUGUGUAUAUCUGCUGGAAAAUAAAGAUUUCUUUUGAUAA